AGUAACAACCGUAUUUAGUAAACUCUCGCAUCCGAUUGGUAUAUUCUUUUAGAUCUAGAAAUAUACUCCAAUCGGAUUUAAAAGUUUACUAACUAAGGUAGUUACUAAACUGGUUUUAUGUUGCCGUGUAAACUUAGUCAUACACAAUUGAAAGUAAUGGAUAAUGAAAAGAUUAGCAAAACUCCUACGCAAGCAAUGUUGACCAGAUAGUUCAGCGAGUCACUCAACUGCCUGGAAUAUAGGCUUGGAAUAUAGGCAAAAGACUUUAUACACAAUGGCUCUGUUUGAUAGAUUGAUUAUCGCAGCAAAGAGUCAAGUAGCCUAUAGUAGAAUUCAGCAGGUCUUUAGAUACAUGUCAACCAUCAUCAAGGACAAAGGUGAUAACAAUGUUCCUCUUCAAUCACCGAUCAAGAAGUCAGUAUUCGUAUCACAAUCCAUGGAUAUUUUUACCAAUCUGGCAUGGGAGGACUGGUUUUAUCGGAAUUAUGACUUUUCCAAUCAUCACGUCCUGCUCUUAUGGAGGAACGACCCCUGCGUAGUGUACGGACGUCAUCAGAAUCCGUGGAAAGAGUGCAACGUCCAAGCGGCCGAGAAGAGAGGAAUAGCUUUGGCGCGCCGCAACAGUGGCGGCGGCACCGUUUAUCACGAUAAUGGCAAUCUCAAUUUGUCCUUCUUCACACCACGAGAAAGAUACAAUCGGAAGUAUAAUCUGCACAUAAUCACGAGAGCUCUAUUUCGUGAGUGGUGCUUGAAAAGCGUGGUCAACGAGCGCGAUGACAUCGUCGUUGAGGGAAAUUAUAAGAUAUCCGGAUCAGCUGCAAAGUUGGGGCGACCGAAUGCUUAUCAUCAUUGCACGUUGCUGGUUGAUGCGAAUAAAAAUAACCUAAGAUCAGCUCUUGAAUGUAAAGAGAAUAAUAUUCUCACGAAUGCAACGACUUCUACACGUUCUCCAAUAAAGAAUUUGAUUGAUAUAAACUCGGAUAUCGAAAUGGAUAAACUCAUAACCGUCAUUGGUAGAGAAUAUCUGCGUACGAACGCCUUUAUUCUUGAAGAUGAAGGACAUGAAUUAUCUCAACAGCAGAUGGAAUACCAGUUUAUCGAUCCAACUGAACAUUUAUUCACUGGAUUAGAUAAAUUGACGAGCGAGUUUCGCUCUUGGGAUUGGAAUUUCGGCAAGACGCCGAAAUUUACAGUCAACCGAGCAUUAGAAGUUAUAAAAGUUAAAAGUUCUGUAUCUCUACGUGCUAAGUUAGGAGUUUUAGAUGAUGCAGACGAAGACACUUUAUGUCGUAUGAUUUACCUAACUUUACAUGUGGAGGUACAAAAAGGCAUUGUGGAAAAAGUCACAAUAAACUUGCCUGAUGGAUUAGUUUCGACAGACUUCGAACAAGAUGCGAACGUGAUUAAUAACUUUUGCGGCGCAAGAUAUAACCAUGAAAUACUAGAAAAGAUAAUCGACGCAAUUAGUUAUAAAACCGUCACGCCAAGUACACUCCAAUCAAAAGCGGCGUAAUUAUCACGCAGUGAUAAGCUCUUCCAGAGUUUUCACAAAGUGUCAAGGGGAUGAAAUCAGAAGAAGGGGAUGGAAUCUCCAGGUUUUAUGGUAGCCUAUAUUUUUUUGCAGCUUUAAAGAGUAAAAUGCAAAAUUUGGUCCAAACCAGUAAAAAGAUUUAGAAGUUAAUAUAGGGAGCGUACAGAACAAACAUUCUAUUAUGUAUACAUAGACUCAACAAUCAUUGCUCAAGUAAUUGUAUAUAUGUAUUACAUGUAUAUAGUAAUGUUUACAUAUUAUGAUGUGCAACAGAAAGUACAAAAACAUAAAUACAAAAAUUGUUAUUUACAAUGCUUAAAUAGCAAUAAACGUAAUAUUUAUUGAAAAUGACACAAUAAACUGCUACAGUAAACUAU